AUGGCAAAAAGGAAAAGGGAAAUCAGCAGAUCAGUUUCCAAGGACGCAAAGAAUCGAUUCGGAUUGAAUGCGAAUACAUUCCCAUGUUCAAGCAAUGGUCUAGUUGUGAAGCUCAUUUUUCCCGGUGAAAAACACUGUUUUUAUGGUGUAGCGCGAAUUCAGUGCUUAGCGGGAGAGCUGAUCAUCGACAAGUUUGCUAUGCCUUCUGGUGGUUAUCUCAACGCUGAAUCAAUGUAUAUGGUGUGCGCCCCCUAUAGACUCUCACGACCGGCGGUCUUCUAUUCGCCUGCUGCAGAUAAAAUGCUUAUCAAGUACAAACUAAAUCGUUUGAAGUAUCGUCUUAAAGAGAUCACACCACACUACGAGCGCAUAAUGGAAACAGUAGCUGAGAAAUAUCCAGCAGUUAUUGUGAUCGAUCAAAAACCAUCACAAACUGUCAAAAUACUAGAUCAACUUCUCCAGGAAUUUUUUGUACCAUCAACCUCGCUGUCUUCAUGUCAAUAUGAUCGCACUCUAUUCUUCAAAUCCGAUUAUGAGCCAUACGUUGAAGUCUCCGAACGAGAGCUACAAGCAGCUAUGGAAGAAAUCAAUACCAUGAGAACAAAGCAAUUGCGUUGCAUCGUAGUACCUGUUGGGAAUUCAGGUUCAGGAAAAUCCACGCUAGUUCGUCAUAUCGUGAAUGCAAAUUUGCAACAAGAAUUUCCGAUUUAUUUACUUGAUGCUGAUGUUGGACAAUCAGAGUUCACUCCUGCUGGUUGCAUGUCUCUGUGGAAAAUCGUACAACCAAUUCUUGAUAUUCCUUGCACACAUCAACAACAAAUCUAUCCUUCUGCGUACUUCUUUGGAAACAUUUCACCUGCUGAUGACACGGAGAAGUACAAGGUGAUCUUCGAUCGAUUACUGAAUGAAUUCGAAUCCACCAGCGAUCCUGGAUCGUUGCUAAUCAUCAACACUUUGGGUUGGAUAGAUGGAUUGGGAUGUGAACUAUUGAAUCAUAUAUUUGAUGUAGCACGACCGCAUCUUGCACUGAGAUUGUCUUCCGAUCGUGGAUUCGCGAUUCCGAGCUAUGUGAAGAACAUUGUCAGUAUUGUUCCCAAAUGUAAGCCAUUCCAAUUCCAGAUGAAUCUUCCAGAGAGCCAUGGUAGACCAACGCGUUUGUUGUCGUCUCAGUUGCGAGAUAUUGCGCUAGUUGCGUAUUUUUCAACCGCACUGCCCCGCCCGAUUCUUUCGUCCAUCUGUGAUGCGCAGCCAUAUUGUGUGAAGUUCAAGUAG